UUCGGCACUCGACACCGAUAUUUCUGAAACACGUGUGUGAACAACCCUUGCGUUAUAGAGCAUAAAACAAUUGUUAUUGUUAUUUUCAAUCGAAAGCAAUAAAGAUGGGUAAAACAGGUCCUCGUCUUGGUAGCAGGGCGAAAGCAAAACGCUGGGCUAAAGGACAAAGCUCCAGCUCUAACCCCGAAACUAGAAAAUUUCGUGAUGCAGCACGGUCUAAUUCGAUAAACAAUUUGUUUGUACAAACUCCAGGUACAAAACCAUCCAAUCUAACAGUAGACGCACUUCAUAAACAUGAUUCUAUCAAUAUGCAAGCCUCCUCUCGAAAAGAUGAUAUGGAUAUGGAGGAGGAUCAAAGUUGUGCAGAUUCCUUCAAAACGUUUGGUACAAUUGCUAGUGAAAUAAGUAAUUGCACAAACAUGUCUUUUGAUCAUUUGCUAAAUAACUUUCAACCAAACUCAGCUUUGCAAAAAGAAAUGUUAGCUGUUCUAGCAGCAGUGACAGAAGUUAUUAAAGAAAAAUCUGGCUCAGAAUCCAAUACUGAAUAUUUUGCCGCACUUAUGACUACUUUACAAGAAGCUGAUACAGAAAUGUCAAUUUCUGCUAUUUUGUCGCUGUUGGGAAUGAAUAUGAAAAAAGUUUCUCCAAAUGUAUUGAGUUCUCAAUUCAGUAAAGCUAGCUCAAUAUUUAUAGAAAUUCUUAAAGAAUAUGCAUCGAAGGAAAAUUUUCUCAUUUUACGUCACUGUAUUGGAUGUAUUUCUGUUCUACUGAGAAAUCAAGAUGCUUCUGCAUGGAAAAAUGCCUCUACAACACAAAUAAUGGAUGGUCUUUUAGUAUUUACUCUUCACUCUAAACCAAAAGUUAGAAAAGCUGCCCACCAUGCUGUUUGUUCUAUAUUGAAAACCAGUAAUAUUAUGAACUGUGAUAACCCUCUUGAAUUUCAUCCAGCUGCACCACAAAUAGCCAAACAUUGCAUUGCUCAGUUAGAAGUAGCUAAUCAACCAGGACAAAUUACCAGUACGUUACAUAUUUUAAGUCUUUUGAAAGACAUAGCUCAUCAACUUCCAAAAUCACAUGUAAAAUCUCUAUGUGAAGCGUUACUCAGUAUAAUGACACUCAAAAAUGUUUUGAUUACAUCUUGCUGUCUUCAAACUCUUCAUGGUUUAUUUGUGUCACAACCAACUGAAGCGGUAUUGCCAUCUCAAUUAAAUGCACAAAUAAUUAAUGCAUUAUAUGAUUAUCAACCAGCUAUUGGAGAUACUCAACCAACUUUAGCAUGGCUUGCAGUAAUGCAAGAGGCACAUUGUAAUCUGUCAAGAUGUUCAAUUGAACUAUGCGCAGCAAAUGUUCCUCGCAUGGUUGAAAAGUGCACUGAACUUUGGUUGUCAGAUAAGAUAGAAGUUAUUGCUGGUGCUUCUCAUACUUUGAAGACACUUAUAGAAGUUUGUGUUGCUUCAUUUGCCUGCAAUGAUCAGGAGUUAUCUCAAAAAUACAAACCUGUACUAAUUAAAAUUAUUCAAUUCAUCAAAAUUGGUAUGAAAUAUCAAUACCACUUGGCAUGGAAUCAUGUACUUCACAUUCUUGCUUCAGUUUUUAAAACUAUUGGAAAAACUUGUGUAACUGAAUUAUCAGAAGUUUUAGUUCUUUUGGCAGAUUUGCGAGACUCUCAUAAAUUUUCAUAUAAUGCUGAAAUUGAAUAUACAGUAGGGGCAGCUAUUAAAUCACUAGGCCCUGAAGUAGUGUUGAGCGCUAUUCCACUACAUAGUUCAAAUGGUGAGGUAGACAUACAGAGAAGUUGGUUACUUCCAGUAUUGAAAGAUUGUAUUAGUUUCUCAACCUUAGGUUUCUUUAUUCAUCAUCUAAUGCCAUUGGCAAUUUCUUGUGAAAAUAAAUCCAAAUUACUUCUUGAGAAAAAAGAUUCAAUUGGUGCACAUAGCAAUGAUUUGUUAGUUUCUCAAAUUUGGGCUCUUUUACCAAGUUUCUGUAUUAAUCCGUCAGAUAUUGCAGAAAACUUCAAUGCUAAUUUUGCUAAGUACUUGGGAACUAUUAUUUCUCGAAAGAAAGAUUUAAGAUAUUCAGUAAUGGCUGCAUUAAGAAAAUUAGUUCAAGGAUCAAUUCAAAGAUCUGCUGGUAAUGAAGAUGAUCCAGAUCUGAAAGUAAUGUCUUCAUUUGCCAAAAAUUAUUUGCCUCUUUUAUGUGACUUAUACCAAGUGAAUCUGAAUGAUUCAAAUGAAGAUGGGCAACGACUUGCUUGUUAUGAAACACUCAAAACAUAUUUGCAAAUUACUCCUCAAAAGGUAAUUGAUGAUCUAUUUGAUAAAACUAUGGACUAUUUGAUAAACGAAGCAGAAAAAAGUGACGAAUUAAAAAAAAAAGAUGAAGAAAAUAAAAAGAAACUAGUAAAGAUAGAAAGUAUGUUUGACAUAGCAAGGAUUUUAUGUCAGCAUACUGAUUUAAACAGAAUUAACAAGCUAUACUUAUAUUGUGUACCUUACUUGAAAAGUGAAAAAAAUCAAAAAGAACAAAAGAAAGCUUACAGAUUUUUGGAAGAUUUAUGUAGCAGUGAUAGUAAAAUUUGUCAAGAAUAUGUUAGAGAUUACCGUAAAGAGAUGCAAUCUAUCCUUUUAAAAUCCUCAUCUAGUGUUUUAAAACCUAGUAAAGGAGCACGCAUACGAUGCAUAACUCAUAUUGUGGAAAAGCAUCCAAAAUUACAAAAGACCAAAUUUUUGAAAGCUAUUGUUCCAGAAGCAGUUGCUUGUUUGAAAGAAUUGAAUGAAAAGUGUCGCAAUUCAGCUUUCAAACUCUUACAGGUCAUAGGAGAUAAAUUUUUAGAUAACCAAGAAAAUUUUGAAGAGUACUUACAAAUGUUGAUAGCAGGCUUAGCAGGAACUCCCACUCAUUGCAGUGCAACAUUUUUAGCUUUGUCCUCUAUGGUUCAUUAUUUUUCGGGCUCUUUGGGUAUUCAGAAUGUAAGAACAAUUUUACAACAUGCCACUUCUUUAAUUACUGGACCAACUCGUGAAAUUGUGCAAUCUGUGAUGUCUUUCAUAAAAGUUUAUUUGGUAUCAUUUCCUUUACCAUUUUUGGCUCCUACUAUUGACUCUAUAGUAAAAAGUUUUUCAAACAUGACGGAGGAUUGUCGACGUCAUUACAGACAGCAAAUUCGUGACAUUAUGGUGAAACUAAUGAGAAAAUUUGGAGCUGAUGUAAUAACUCAGAUGGUUCCUACUAGUGAUCUAAUAAUGCAUAAAAGAUUGAAAAAUAUGCGAAAGAUAGAAGUCAGUAAACAAAGAAAAAGAGAAGAGCAAAGAGCUAAUCAAAAUGAUGAUAGCGAUGAAGAAUUUAAUAUUAAACGAAAACCAAAGAGUUUUGAAGAAAUUUUAGCUGACAGUGAUAACGAUUACGAGGAUUCUGAUGAUGACAAAAAAUCAGCUAAAAGUUUAAAACGUAAAUCAAAGAAACAAAUUUACAUUCAAGAGAGUGAAGAUAUGAUAGUAGAUUUCAAUGAUCCAACUGCAGCAAAAAAUAUAUCAACCGUCAAACCGGUAUCUUCUAGUUCAACCAACAACCCAGAGAAACCUAAAGAUGGUGGAUUCAAAACAGCACCAGAUGGUCGAUUAAUCAUUGCGGACAGUGAUAAUGAGAGUGAUGAUGGACGUAUAUCAAAAAAGCAAUCUAAAAUUUUGGGCCUGGAUUCUGACGCUUCUGACGAUUACAAAGAUGAGGAUGAUGAUAAGACUUUGAAAUCAUUUAAGACUCUAAUUUCAAAUAAAUCCAAAAAGAAUACUAAUAGUAAGAAACGAAAACUUGAUGAUGGAGCAGAAAGUGUCGUUUCCAGCUCUUCAAAAUAUCAAGCUGGUGGUUCAGGUAUUCAUAGACCUGUGAAAGUAAGAAAGCAAGAAAAAAUUCCUGGAGAGGAAUACAAGCACAAAAAGGCAUUUGGUGAUGUUAAACUUAAAGGCAAACCAGAGCCAUAUGCCUAUAUUCCGAUUAGACGAGCUGACUUGAAUAGAAGGAAAAAAGGGAAAAAGUCAAAUGCAUUAAAAAUGUUAUCAAAAAGUAAGCAAAAUAAGAACGCUCAAAAGAAUUCUAGACGUCAAUAAAAUUGUUGAUUGUGGAUAAUAUAGUAUAAUUUCUAAAAGAGGAUGAUUUUUGUUAAUAUAAAGUAAUACAUUUUUAAUCAUUUAUUAAACAUUUUCACUUAAAAUAAUUAAAAUUAUAUGUAUAGAAAUAUAUUCAUUCAAUGUGGAAUUUUGUUAGGAUAUAAAUAAAAAAUUCAAAAAUA